UAUCGUGUUCUUGUUUUCAUACACCAAUAAUUUAAUUUCAUGGCGCCAGAUGCAUUGACAGAAGAUCAAGUUGCUGAAUUCCGAGAAGCUUUUAGCUUCAUUGACAAGGACCAUGACGGAUUUAUUAGCGUGGAUGAAUUGGCAACCAUUAUUAAAUCAUUGGAAGGUAAUGCAACAAAAGAAGAAAUCCAACAUAUGAUUAGUGAAGUUGAUAUUGACGGGAGUGGGAGCAUAGAUUUUGAAGAGUUCAUCAAUAUCAUGGCUACAAAAAUGAAGGAAAAUUUGGCUGAGGAGUUAAAAGAAGCAUUCAAAGUAUUUGAUAGAGAUCAAGAUGGAUACAUAUCAGCCACUGAGCUGAGACAAGUAAUGAUGAAUAUGGGAGAGAGGUUGACAGAUGAAGAGGCUGAACAAAUGAUUAGAGAGGCAGAUUUGGAUGGAGAUGGUCAAGUUAGCUAUGAAGAAUUUGCAAGCGUCAUGAUGCUUCAUUGAUCAUCUCAUUUAUCACAUAAAUAUAGAGAUAGGAAAACAUAAACAAUAGCAAAAUUUGUAUUUUCUAUUAUGAGAAAAAUGUAAAAGUUGAAGAGAAAAUUUGAAGAAAAAAAGAAAUG